AUGACGGAAUAGUAAUAAUUAAAUAACCAUGGCAAUCGAACAAGAAUGAUUGGGAAUUAUGUAAUAGGCAAAACUCUGGGAUUUGGAACGUUUGGGAAGGUCAAAAUGGGUAUUCAUGAGCAAUCACAAGAGAAAGUGGCAAUUAAAAUAUUGGAGAAGGAUAGAAUAGUAGAAACUGCAGAUGUAGAAAGAGUACAGAGAGAGAUUCAUAUCUUAAAGUUAGUUAGACAUCCUCAUAUAAUCUAACUAUAUGAGAUUAUUGAAACACCAAAGCACAUAUUCUUAGUAAUGGAAAUGAUUAGUGGUGGCGAAUUAUUUGAUUACAUCGUCUAGAAUACAAAAUUGGAAGAAGUUGAGGCAUGUAAGUUAUUUUAAGAACUAAUUGCUGGAAUAGAAUAUCUACAUAAGCUAAGAGUAGUCCAUAGAGAUUUAAAGCCAGAGAACUUGUUGCUUGAUCAUCAUAAGAAUCUCAAAAUUGUUGACUAUGGAUUAUCCAACACUUACAAAUCAGAAGAAUUAUUGAAGACUGCUUGUGGAAGUCCAUGUUAUGCAGCUCCUGAAAUGAUUGAAGGGCAAAAAUAUUAAGGAGUGAAAGUCGAUUUGUGGAGUUCUGGAGUUAUAUUAUUUGCAUGUUUAUGUGGUUAUUUGCCAUUUGAAGAUCAAAAUACUUCUGCUCUUUACAAAAAGAUAUUAAGUGGAUCGUAUUAACUUCCAUCUCAUCUCUCUAAGGAGGCUUAAUCGAUGAUCCAAGGAAUCUUGACAGUCAAGCCAGAUAAACGCUUUACUAUUAAUGAUAUUAGAAAUCACCCUUGGUUUAAGAUCUAUAGAAGAACUUAUGAAAUUCCUCCAGGAAUUGUAGUUGGAUAUAAUAGAAUUCCAAUUGACUAAGAAAUACUUAAAUAGUUAAAAUAAUACGGAAUAGAUAUAGAUCAUGCCUAAAAGUGUUUAGAUGCCAAUAAACACAAUGAAAUAACGACCUUUUAUCAUUUGCUUUUGAAAAGGCAUUUGACGAAUGGAGGUCGAUCAACAGCUGACCUUAAUUCUGAAUCUUUUGAUAUCACUCUAUUAGAACCUAAGCAAAGACCCCAAAAAGCUCCAAUUAGUUCAUUAGUUAAUAAUGAAGUCAUCAAACAAUAAAUGAAAGAUGAAAUAAUUAAAUAACGAUCAUAUUCAACUGAUAAGGAUAGAGGUAGAAUUAUUAAGACAACUAAUUAAAAUAAAAUAUUGGCCGAUAAUGACUUAAGUGUGAACAGAAUAGGUAAUAACGGAUAAGCUCAGAGUGUAUAAGCAAGAUAAAAAGAUGAAAACUAUUUUGAAUAGUCACCUGUCAUCAAAAAUAAUAAAGUCCCUUAUUCCAAUAUGCUGUGUCAAAAAUAUGGCAUAAAAUUCAAGAAUAAUAAUGUGACAUCAAUUGACUAUCACAAUAAGGAUGACAUUAAGAAAGGCAGUUCUAGGAAUAAAAGAGAAAUAGAUAUCAUGAAUCCUUAUCGAAACUCCAGCAGAGAACAAUAAUAAUUAAAUAGAAUGCUUCAAAGUGGAGGAAGAUCGCAAAAUAGCAAAAAAGAAAGGGCUUAUAUAACUAGUCAUAACAAUUAAUCGUUUGAUGUACCCUUGAAUUCAAAUCAAUCAAAUAAACAAAAGGCAAUAAAUUAAUAAAGAUCUGGUCAUUUUCAUCAUGAUUGA